UUCUCCUUCAGUGAGCUUCCCACGUUUGGAAAAAGGGCACGGUCUUUUGGUGGUUCAGCACAGUAGAGUCUUCCGUACUUGGUCGAUCAAAUUGGCAAUGAAGUCGUCACCAAUUCUCCUCCAAUCCUAGUAGUUUUUUUCAGAUAAGAGAGAUGUGGAGGCGCACGAUUCGUCUCUCUUCGAUUCUAGCUUCAUCCAGACCUUCUCUCAUUAUUCAGACGGAGACAGCUUAUAGAUUGAAGAUUUCUGAAAGAUUCUGCUCAGAGGUCAAUGGUGGAAGUCCAGCAAGAGAUAAAACACCGUUUAUAACUUUUGUUUUAGGAGGUCCUGGUAGUGGAAAAGGUACACAAUGUGCAAGGCUGGCUGAGAUGUUUGGUUUUACACACUUAAGUGCAGGAGAUCUUCUGCGAGAGGAGAUAUCAUUGAAUACUGAGAAUGGUUCAAUGAUCCUCAACACAAUUAAGGAGGGCAAAAUUGUUCCAACCGAAGUGACUGUGAAACUGAUCCAAGAGGCUAUUAAUUCAAGUGCAAAUGAUAAAUUCCUCAUCGAUGGCUUCCCUAGAACUGAGGAGAACCGCCUGAAAUACGAACAAAUCGUUGGAGGUGAACCUAACAUGGUGCUUUUCUUUGACUGCCCUAAAGAUGAGAUGGUGAAACGGUUACUGAGCCGGAAUCAGGGUAGGAUUGAUGAUAACAUAGAGACCAUUGGGAAGCGUAUGGAAGUGUUCAGAGCUGUAACACUUCCUGUUAUCAACUACUAUUCCAAUAAAGGAAAAUUAUACAAGAUUAUGGCUGUUGGGACCGAAGACGAGGUAUUUGAACGAGUUAAACCAAUUUUUACUGGAUUGAAGCAAAGUUUGGAGGCGUAAUGAAGCUGAAUAUCUGAAGAGGACAGAGGACAUCUGAGGGAGGUUAGUACAUUGUAUGUAAUGAGGACAGGAGAGCUAUAUAUAUAAGAUUAAUAAUAAUGGAUGAGAUGUUUUUGUCAUCCAGUGGAGUGAAGUAAAAGUAGCUAAUGAUGAACCCCCUUGUUUUAGUUCCUUGGUGGGGCCAGAGAAGCUUCAAUAUUUUUCCAAGCACGAAUUAUGCUUAAAUUGGUCAACAUUUGUACCAAGUUUUAAUGCUCUGCAAUUGCACACAGUCAGACCAUGUCUUCUUCUUUUUAUUUACGUGAUGAGUGAAUGUUUUGUGAAAAUAUUAAAUAUAAUACCCAUUUACAUCCCUA